CGUCCCAUUCCUCCUCUGUCCUCCCCCACUCGCUCCCGUUCUCCCCUGCCUCGCCGCCUCUCUCCCUGUCGUACCCACCUGCCCCCUCGCGGUCUCUCUCUCCUUCCUGAUUGGAUCAAUCUGGCCUCGCGGCUCCGACUGAUCCGUGGCGCCUCGCUCCCGAGCGGAACCACCACCUGAUUUGACGAGUUUUUUGCUGUCUCUGUCACCCUUUGCGUGAAGAGAGCUAGGUGGGCCGUAGAAAAGGCUUCAGUUCAGAUCUCAUUUCAGAUAGCACAGGACCAAUCUGGUCUGCAGUGUUCAACUGGAAUAUAAGAUUUCGCUGCAUAGGUCAAAGGUUUGUACGAGUGAAAAAGACUAGCAGAUACUGUCAUGGCUCAGGAUGAAGCUGUGGCUACCCAAAAGACUGGAAAUACAACAUCUCCUUCUAAGGAUUACCCAACUCCUUCUCCAUAUCCUGAUUGGUCAACCAUGCAGGCAUAUUAUGGCCCUGGUGUCUUGCCACCAACAUAUUUUACUCCUGCAAUAGCUCCAGGUCAUCCACCGCCAUAUAUGUGGGGUCCUCAGCCUAUAAUGCCACCCCCUUUCGGGACACCAUAUGCUGCAGUAUACCCACAUGGUGGAGCUUACCCACACCCCCUUGUGCCCAUGAUGUCAACUCCAAUGAGCGUGGAGCCAGCCAAAUCUACAAAUAGCAAGGAGAAAAAUUCCAAUAAGAAACUUAAGGAAAUAGAUCGGACUGCAGUGUCUGCUGGCAGUGGUAACAGUAAAAGAACAGUGUCAUCCAUUGAAGAUUACAGUGCAGAAGGCUCAAGCGAUGUAAACGAUCAGAAUGUGAACGAAACGUCCAGGAAGCGGAGCUCAGAUGGUGGACCUGGCGCAGAAACCACCACAGGUGGAAACACGGAAUGUGUUUUAGCUCCUAACCAUACGCUGGGGAAUGCUACCAUUUUGCCACAACACUGCUUUUCAGCUCCAGUAAUUAAGCCCAGUGCUACAAAUGUCGCGAACUCGAGGGCGAUAGGCACAGCAUUAUCUCCACCACCUGGUGUGAUGGUUCCAGUUCAUAAUGCAGUACCAUCUGACUUAUCAGUUAAGGAUGAGAGGGAAUUGAAGCGCGAAAAGAGGAAGCAGUCAAAUAGGGAGUCUGCUAGACGAUCAAGGCUGAGAAAACAGGCUGAGACAGAGGAGUUGGCUACACAAGUGGAGUCUCUUGCAGCAGAGAACACGUCCCUUAGAUCUGAAAUCGGCCAGCUAACAGAGAGCUCAGAGAAGCUCAGACUAGAGAAUUCAGCUCUAAUGGUGAAGCUGAAGGACACCGCAGAACCGUCUCCGAUUAAAGCAUCCGCAUCCCCGUCCUCUCCCCGUGCCUCCGCGGAGAACUUCCUUUCCAUGAUCGACAGCGCCAACGCGCCGAGCGUCAGCAGGCACACGGAGCACGGCGGUCCCAGGCUCCGGCAGCUCCUGGACUCCAGUCCGGCGACAGACGUCGCCGCCGUAAGCUGAUGAUGAAGCCGGUCCGGCAAAUACGCCACAGCACAUGCAUGUGUCCUGGGGAUUCCGCAGGCUCAUGCUGCUCGAGUGCUCGUCAGCGUUACGGACUCGGACUCUGUACUCCAGUUUAGGCACUGAUUCCAGUGAAGUAACCGAGGGUACCGGUAAUUUUAUCUGCUCUCGCGCCAGAGUGCCGGGCUGCCUUGCCUGCGACCACUCCUGUCCUGUGUACCCAGAGUUGUAACGUAGUAGGGUGUUGUGCUGCAUGCCGACCUUUUGAAACUUUCGAGACCGUCAUUUGGACCAUUUUUUUCGUCGCAGUAACACAAUACAGAUCGGAGUUUGUACAGGA